AUGGAAUUUGAACAUUUACCUGAAAUAAAAUACGAACUAGACCUGUAUGAGGAUAAACCAGAGACAGUCGAUAUUGCCGAUUUGUUUAAUAAUGGAACUGAGGAAAAUUUGCCUUUUGAAGUCAUUGGUGCAAAUGCAGCAGCAGUUGCAGGAGGAACUGAAAAAGGUAAGCAAAUGAGCUCGUUCCUCGUUCAGUUAUAA